UCAAAUAUGCCUUGGAGAGCAGUGUUUUAGAAGGAAGUAUUGUCGGGGGUGUUCGGCGCAUUUACUAGACGGCAACAAAGUGCUUUGUUGCCAAGUGUUAUUUAUUAUCACAUAAACAUGUUUUGUAAGUUUCUAAAGUAAGUGGCCUGUUGACUUCUCCGGAACUACAUUUCCCAGUAUUUUGGUCUGGAUCGUAUUUCUUCUUGCGCAUGCGCACUAUGAGAUCGUGGAUAUCAAGUUGGCCAAAACAGCUGGUGAUAAAAUGCACAAGUUGAAAUCAUCACAGAAGGACAAGGUUCGCCAUUUUAUCUCUGUCACGCAAGCAGGGGACCAAACGGCUGUGCACUGCCUGACUCAGAAUGACUGGAAACUAGAAGUCGCCAUUGACAACUAUUUCCAGAACCCAGACUUGUACUAUAAAGAACCCAUGAAAACCUCAGUGGACCGCAAGAAGCUUGAACAGCUCUACAACAGAUACAAAGACCCCCACGAUGAGAACAAGAUAGGCGUCGAUGGGAUCCAGCAGUUCUGUGAUGACUUAAAUCUGGACCCAGCCAGCAUAAGCAUACUUGUAGUGGCCUGGAAGUUCAAAGCAGCCACUCAGUGCGAGUUUAGCAGGAAGGAGUUCUUCGAUGGGAUGUUGGAGCUCGGCUGUGAUAGUCCAGAAAAACUCAAGGCAGUCCUUCCAAGGCUAGAACAAGAUCUGAAAGACAAUGGAAAAUUCAAAGACUUCUACCAGUUUACGUUCAGCUUUGCCAAGAACCCAGGCCAGAAAGGUUUAGAACUAGAAAUGGCUGUGGCUUACUGGAAUCUAGUUCUCACAGAUCGAUUCAAGUUCUUAGACCUAUGGAUCCGCUUCUUGCAAGAGCAUCACAAGCGCUCAAUUCCUAAAGACACCUGGAAUCUCCUCCUGGACUUUGGCAACAUGAUUGCAGAUGAUAUGUCUAACUAUGAUGAAGAAGGUGCCUGGCCUGUGCUCAUCGAUGACUUUGUGGAGUUUGCUCGGCCGAUUGUAGCAGGAAAUAAACGCAACCUGACGUAAUAUUUGCCACAGCUUCACCAAAUGGA